AUGCAGUUCAAACGACAAGUUACAUCGAAUCUCAAGCAUUUUGAAGUGCACGGUUUCUGUGAUGCCAGCCAGAGUGCGUAUGGAGCCUGCAUUUAUCUCAAGUCAAUCGAUGAUAACGGAAAAAUCCAGAUCAACCUUUACUGUGCUAAAUCUCGAAUCACUCCUCUCAAAGGCAAUCACACCAUCCCUCGCUUAGAACUCUGUGCAAUGAAACUCCUCUCUAACCUGUAUGACACAGUGAAGAAAGCAACAGACCUCACACCACAACGAGAAGUUUUUUGGUCAGACUCUACUGUCGCUCUCCACUGGAUUAGAACAUCUCCUCACCUCCUUCAACGAUUCGUGGCUAACAGGGUGUCUCGAAUCCAAGAUCUCACCAAGAACAUAGAGUGGAGACAUGUACGCACACACGACAAUCCCGCAGAUGCAGUAUCCAGGGGUGAACUUGCCUCUGACUUCUUGAAGAAUAAUCUGUGGCUGCAUGGACCCAGCUGGCUCCAUGAUUCUGAAGAACAUUGGCCUCAUUUCCUCAUAGAAAAGCCCUCAGAAUUACCUGAACUUCGAAAAAUUGCUUGUCUUCAUGUCACUGAACCCGCCAGCAACCUCUUUGUACGUCGGUAUUCCUCAUUUGAAAAGCUCAAACGAAUCACUGGAUGGUGCUUAAGGUGGCGCAAGAGACUCUCCCACAAAUAUCUCACUCUCCCAGAACUUGAAGCAGCCGAAACUAAACUUCUCCAACUAGUUCAAAAAGAAGCCUUCUCCACAGAACUCUCACUACUUCGGCAAGGAAAACCUCUUUCUUCAAAAAAUCGUUUAAAAAACCUCAGUUUGAAACUCGAUGACAAUGGACUCAUUCGAGUUGGUGGUCGGCUAAGAAAGGCUCGUAAUUUUCCCCUAGAUGGCAAACAUCCCAUAUUGCUACCAAAGGGGCAUUACAUCACUCACCUCCUCAUCAAGAAAGCUCACUUGGCCAAUCUUCACCCAGGCAUCCAGACAACUCUUCAUCUACUCAGGCAGCGAUACUGGCCCAUUGAUGGGCGCAGUCAAGUACGAUUCAUCAUUUACAAGUGCAUCAACUGUGCCAAGGUAGAUCCACCUUCAGUCAACUACCCCAUGGCAGAUCUCCCGAGCGCACGCAUCACACAGGCAAACCCCUUCACUCACACUGGUGUGGACUAUUGUGGUCCCUUCCUCAUCAAAGAACGAAGAUACCGUAAUCUCAAGAAAAUAAAAAUUUGGAUCAGCAUAUUCGUGUGCUUCACAACAAAGGCA